AUGUUGAAUCCCCAAAGCCAUAUAGACGACGAGAUAGGUUUGGAGCGAGCUGAUGACAGAUAUCCAGCUCGUUUAAGAAGCCUGACGGAUGUAGCCAUGGAAGAAUUCCAAGUGCGAGUUCAGCGGUUUAAAUCCAAGUUAUAUGGAAGAUGGGAGGCAGUUAAGUCGAAAAUGGACCAAGCUGCUAAGUGUGCAGAUACUAUCGAUGCUCUGAAGAAAUCGAAUCAUGAGUUGUGUUUGUCGUAUGGGGAAUACCGUCUAGUGUCGCGAGAUUACGCAGGGUACCUGCAGGAUAUGAGGACAAAAGACAGUAUAUCAUUUUAUGAUGAACUUUUAAAGUAUGAUAAAGAAAACGAUAUCUUUGUGAAGGAUGUUCUUCAACAGAUUGAUACCAGGAGUUUAAACGUACACGAAAUUAGGUCGUCAAAAUCUGCAAAGUCCAGAGCUUCGAACCAGUCUUCAGAAUCAACAAGGAUGAAGGCUAAAGCAGAGGCAGCUAAAGCAAGGCUUGUUUUUGUCCAGAAAGAGGCGGAACUCAAACGAAAGAAAGCGCUCUUAGCUGAGAGAGAUUCCUGGGCUCGUGCCAAAACAGAGAGGGAGAGAGAAGAAAUCGAUGUAGAUUUAGAGCUUAUUAAGGAAGAGAAAUUAUGUGCGGAAGCUGAAGCAGAGGCCACCGUAUAUGAUAACUUGAUAAUCAAGGAUGAAUGGAGGGCGUCAAGAGAAUCUCUCAAGGUACCAGAGGAAGAUCCAGUUGAAAGGACUAGACAAUAUGUGAUUGAGAACAAUGGCAGCUUCGAGACUUAUAUAGAUCAAGCGAAAGAUUUUCAGUCCCCUGAUCGGAAUCAUAGUCACGCACAUUCUUAUUCGUCGAUAGGGGAACAACCAGAUUAUACAGCUCCUCCUACGACCACUCACAGACCGCAGACUCCACCUUUAGAUCCCUCCUCAGCUAAUGCUAUGUUUGGAGAUUUCACGAACUACCUUCUUAAGAAAGACCUCAUAUCAUCUCGUUUCACUAAGUUUACUGAUGAUCCUGGUUUCUCUCAUAUCUCGCCAUAUGAGGAGAUGGCUUUGUUGACUAACUGGCUGGGGCCAGAAUCCUCAAGACAAGCUAUGAAUAUGAGAGCAGCAAACGCGCACAAUCCUGCUGGUGGUCUUAAGAGGAUAUGGAGUCGUCUUGAUGAGCGGUAUGGAGCUCCUGAGUUAGUGGAAAGUACACUACGUAAGAAAAUCAAGAAUUUUCCUGCCAUAAGUCCCAAGGAUUCUAAGAGAUUGUACGACCUUGGGGAUAUUCUUUCAGAGAUUGAAAGCGUCAAGGAAGAUGAGAGAUACAAACAGAUGUUAUCCUUUUACGACACGUCUUGGGGAGUGAAUCCUAUUGUAGCUAAGCUUCCAUCCCAUCUGCAGAACAAGUGGUUUACUAGAGCUUCAAGAUACAAAAUUGAAAACAAGAAACUUUUCCCUCCAUUUUCUUACUUUGUAAGAUUUAUCCAGGAAAUGAGUUCUACUUUAAACGACCCAAGUUUCGACAUACAUGCUACUACAGAAGAAGUUAAGCCUUCUGGAACACAGAAUAAGAGACAAGACAAAGUGUUCGUAAAGAAGACAGAAGUGGAUACGGAAAGAAAAGAAGUCAAGUGUCCCCUUCAUGAAUCAAAUUCUCACUCGCUCAAUGAAUGUAGAAAUUUCCUUAGAAAGAACAUUGUAGAGAGGAGACAACUUUUGAAGGAUUAUAAGAUGUGUUUUAAAUGCUGUAAGUCUACUUCGCAUAUGGCACGGAAAUGUACUGCGACUAUAAACUGUAAUGAAUGUGGCAGCACAAGACAUUCUACAGCUCUUCAUGAUCCUAUCAACACAUCUGAUAAACCAAGAAGUCCAAAACCUCAAGGCGGGGAGCAGGCUGAAAAAGUCACCAAUAAAUGUACAGCUAUCUGUGGAGAAGGGGUCAGCGGUAGAUCAUGCGCCAAGACGCUCUUAGUCGACAUAUAUCCUGAAGGACAAGCUGGAAAGUCAAUCACUGUUUACGCUGUUUUGGACGAUCAAAGCAACCGCACAUUAGCGAGUUCGGAACUUCUCGAUGCCUUGGGUAUUGCUGGAGACGAGAUACGCUUUACCAUUUCGUCGUGUGCUGGCACUUAUCAGACAUCAGGAAGAAGAGUUGAUGGCUUGGUGGUCCGUGCUAUGGAUGGUUCUUCUCAGCAUGUUCUUCCGACAGUGAUUGAGUGCGAUAUACCUCAAGAUAUUACAGAGACGGCUACGCCAGAGGUGGUCGCCCACCAGGAACAUCUCAGAGUUUUAAAAGAUGAGAUUCCACCCUACAGACCGGAAUGCUUCAUGGGACUUCUGAUUGGUAGAGAUGUACCUGAUGUUCAUCAUGUUCAUGAACAGAUAGUGGGACCUAGAGGAUCAGCCUUUGCACAGAAAUUAAGCCUUGGAUGGGUUGUCGUAGGCGAUGUUUGUCUGGGAAAAGUACAUCCCCCUGACUCCGUGACCGUGUAUAAAACAUCAAUAGUAAGCGGAAGAGGAACUAUAUUCCAACCUUGUGAGUCGUACAUGGCAGUAAAGGAAAGCCAACAGACGGAUACGGUCUUCGCUAAGACUAAAGACGACGAAAAAGUUGGGUAUUCAGUAGAGGACAGGGAAUUUAUCAACAUCAUGAAAGAGGAAUGUCAUAUGGACGACAACGGUUUCUGGACUGCCCCCUUACCUUUUCGUAAUCCUAGGCUUAAGAUGCCCAAUAACAGAAAAUUAGCAUGGAAAAGAGCAAGUAUUCUCGAUGCUAACCUGAAAAAGAAUACUACCAAGUGUGAGCAUUUUGUUAAGUUUAUGGAAAAAGUCCUGGAUUCCGGAGCGGCAGAAGUGGCCCCACCUUCAUCAGGAGAGAUGUGGUAUUUACCCAUAUUCGGGGUAUACCAUCCCAAGAAGCCGGAAAAGAUCCGUGGCGUUUUCGACUCUUCGGCUAUCUAUCAAGGUGUUUCGCUCAACAGUAUGCUCAUGUCUGGACCGAACCUCACUAACAGUUUGCUAUCGAUAUUGAUUCGCUUCAGGAAGGAUGCCUACGCCAUCACUGCAGAUAUAGAACAGAUGUUUUAUCGUUUUCUGGUCAAGGAAGAGCAUAGGGACUAUCUAAGAUUUCUGUGGUAUCAAAAUAACGACCCUACGCAAGAGCUGAUCGACUACCGCAUGAAGGCACAUGUGUUUGGAAACAGCCCGUCGCCCGCUGUUGCCAUGUUUUCCUUGUGCAAAUCUGCAGAAGGAGCUGAUGACGACGUCAAGGACUUUGUUGAACAUGACUUUUAUGUGGAUGAUGCUAUUCUAUCUCGUCCUACAGCUGAUGAAGCUAUCGACUUAAUCAAAAGAACACAGAAGGUUCUUCGAGACAAUGGUAAUAUUCGAUUACACAAGAUUACUUCCAACAGUGCGGAGGUGAUGAAUUCUUUUCCGGAGGAAGAUAGGUGUCAAGGUUUGAAAUCGUUGGAUCUGGAGGAAGACGUUCUUCCCAUACAACAUAGUUUAGGCAUGUCGUGGGAUCUUAACAAGGACAUAUUUAAGUUUGAUGUCAAUGUCAUAGAGAAAACUGGAACGCGCCGCAACAUGUUGUCAGCGCUCAAUAGCAUAUUUGACCCUAUCGGCUUCAUUUCACCAGUAACUAUUCAUGGACGUAUUUUUUUAAGGGAACUUACUACUGGUACUGCGUGGGACGAAAUCAUUUCCGACGAACAGCAAGAGAGAUGGAACGCUUGGACUUCUUCACUUCAACACUUGGGAGACGUGCAAAUCCCUCGUAUGUGUGUUCCUAUAUCUCUGACUACGGCGAAAUCAGUACAACUUCAUAUCUAUUCAGACGCAUCCGAGAAAGCCAUAGCGGCGGUAGCCUACGUCACAUCUAAGGACGACAAUGAAACUCAUACGGGAUUUGUUAUGGGCAAGGCAAAGUUAGCGCCCUCUCAAGGACACUCAAUUCCCCGACUCGAAUUGUGUGCUGCUGUUUUGGCCGUAGAGGUUGGUGAAACGCUUAGCGACGCGCUUGAUAUUCCGCUAGAAACUAUUAGAUAUCAUAGUGACAGCAAAGUAGUGUUAGGGUACAUUUAUAACAAGACCCGAAGAUUCUACAAUUACGUCGCAAAUCGUGUCGAGAGAAUUCUACAAAGCACUCGAUCUGACCAAUGGUCCUACGUUUCCACAAAUAAAAAUCCAGCAGAUCAAGCUACUAGAACUUCUGUUACCGCCGAUAAACUUGACCUCAGUAUGUGGCUUCAAGGACCAAACCCGGUGUGCGAGGAUAGUGAAACAGAAAAAACGUUGAUAGACCCCGACAUUGAUAAAGAAGUCAGGCCGGAGGUUGUGAUUACAUCGCGAAAGACUUCUGUGGAGAAGAACUUUUCGGAAAGAUUUAACAAGUUCUCGUCAUGGCAAAGACUUAGUAGUGGUAUAGCAGCUCUCAAGAGAGCUAUUCGUACCUCACCUACAAAACCGCAAAUCUUAUGUGACAAGAUAGACAUGCUAAGACAAUCUCAGGAAUUCAUCAUUGGACAAGUUCAAAGGGAAUCUUAUCAUGAGGAGAUGUCUUGUCUUAAAGACGGAAAACCUAUCAAUGCAAAUAGCUCUAUCAGGAAUCUCAACCCUUUUCUAGACUCCAAAGGACUUUUAAGGGUCGGAGGUCGUUUAAACAAAGCCGAGCUUCCAGUAGAAGAGACUAAUCCUUGGAUUCUCCCAGGCAAGAGUCAUGUGUCAAGGUUAAUUGUGCUUCAUUACCAUGAAUCAGUUUGUCAUCAGGGUCGCAAUAUUACAGAGGGUGCUCUUAGGAGUAAUGGUUUCUGGAUUGUAGGAGCCAAAAGGCUCGUAUCGAGCAUCAUUCAUCAUUGUGUCAAAUGUAGAAAACUUCGAGGAAGUGUAGAAAUUCAACAGAUGGCUGAUUUACCAGCGGACCGUCUUCAACCUGGACCGCCGUUUACAUCCGUCGGAGUGGACGCCUUUGGUCCUUGGUCCGUUGUCACCAGGAAAACGCGGGGAGGCGCAGCAAAUUCUAAACGAUGGGGUAUUCUGUUCACAUGUUUGACAUCUAGAGCGAUUCAUGUCGAAGUUGUAGAGGAGAUGAGUAGCUCGUCGUUUAUCAACGCUCUCCGUCGUUUCGUGGCCCUCAGAGGCAAUGUCCGUGAAUUCAGAUCUGACCGUGGAACUAAUUUUAUUGGAGCAACGGACAGCCUUCAUAUAGAUGCGAUCAAUGUCACCGAUAGUCCCGUGAACAAAUAUUUAUACAAUUCCGGUGUGGUGUGGAAAUUCAAUGCUCCCCAUUCCUCCCACAUGGGAGGGGUGUGGGAAAGAAUGAUUGGGCUUGUGCGUAGAAUUCUGGAUUCAAUGUUGUUAGGUGCCGCAUCUAAGUGUCUCACACACGAAGUGUUAGUUACAUUCAUGGCCGAGGUGUGUGCAAUUGUAAAUUCUAGACCGGUCGGACCGAUAUCUACCGAUCCAGAAUCACCAGAAAUUCUGAGUCCGGCAGUCCUACUAAAUCAGAAAGUAGGCCAAAGUGAUCAAAUAUCCUCUGUUUCCGUUUGUGAGAAAGAUUUCUACAAGUCUCAUUGGAAAAGGGUACAACUACUAUCGGACGUGUUCUGGAAAAAGUGGCAUGACGGUUAUCUCCAAUCGUUACAACAAAGAAGGAAAUGGACAAACGCUCGUCCCAACGUUCGUGUCGGAGACGUCAUUCUUCUAAAGGACAAAGGACUUCCGCGCAAUGAGUGGUCUCUCGGUUUGGUACAAAAUGCUAUACCCAGCGAAUGCGAUGGGAAAGUUAGAAAGGCUGAAGUGCGUGUUGUGAGGAACGGAAAAUCAACUGUGUUCGUGCGACCUAUCACCGAGAUGGUCAUUCUUGUUGAGAACAUUCUUACGGUGCUACAGUUGAUGGUUAAAAUAAACAUUGAUGGUACCCGUUUUCUGUCUGCCAGUCUUAUUCGUAACGCACGAGAGAUGAGGGGCAGAACAGUAAGAAGCUGGGACAGUGGGCUAGAAUGA